UCUGAAAAAACAAGUGGCUGAACUAUUGAUUGCACUUUUUCUGGAGUUCUCCUGAAACCAAUCCGACUAGUAGCUAUCACCUGUACGGCGGCUCCGGACGACUGCGAGUAGCCGUUUCAUCCUUGCGCAAUCUCUACCGCCACUAUGCACACUUGAGCUUUGCCACGACUUUGAGCGAUUGCGUUUCUUCAUCUUCACACUUUUGCGAUAUGCCAUUAUCCAAUGAGGAGCUUGGCGACUAUAUAGCGUCUUUAGAGCGCCUACUCCAAGGGAACCCUGCAGGCCAGACCGCUGCCCUCACAGGUUACGUGCAUAAGCUCGAUGCGUUUGCAGCAAGUGGGGACAAUGAGGCCAUAGAGAAGACCUUGCAGCUGUUUGGGACGGCUGUUGGCGGUCGUAAAAGAUGGCAGGCCCCGUUCCGCGACAGCGGCAUCCUUGCUUACGCUCUUCGUGGCUUGUCUGCCGUUCGCCAUGAAGAUCCCGUGGCAAAGCAAUAUCUGAGAGUCAUCGGCAACUCGGUUGCUGAUAACGAUACCAACAGAGAGCUCGCCGUGAGAGAGCUCGGUGCCAUCGCUGGCUGCCUUCCCUCGCCAGAACUACGCUUGACCACUUUGGCCGUACUUUUCAACCUUUGUAAUGACUUUGAACCCGCCAAAGCUGCGGCGGCCGCUCUCAGACUGGAUGCCACAAUAUGCACCUUCCUAGUACUGGACAGAAUUCCGGAAGCAGCGCUAGAUUACGCCACGGACCUACUGAGCUGGACUACGAGCAACCUGAGCGACGCCCAGUUCAAAGACGAAGUUUCGCUGGAAACAUUCAAGAGUCUGCUGAAUGUAGCACUGCAAUACGAUGAAGACCAUCAUCUGGAGUACGUGGCCAUCCUGGUACAUUAUCUCCAAGAUCCAGAGUUCCAGCAAAGGAUAGCAACACCGAAACUUCUCGACGACCUUGUGACCCUGAUGCUGGAGUUUGAGGCUCGAUUGGAGCCAGAGGACAUCGAAGCCGUCUUCCAGGAACUCGCAACAAGCAAAAACGCGGAUACCACCACAUCAGACGAAGCGCAGGUUCUUCUAAUGGCUCAACUCAUUGGGCUGCUAUCUGCCGCUUCAGCAACAGAUGUGUUUGCACGAAGCUUCAACGUCAGAAGUCCUGUUAUCGAAAGGCUGGAAGCAAAGCUCCGCGCACCUUGGGAGAGCGCAUACCCAUCUACGAUAUGCGCUUGUGUCAUGGUCGGAAACCUGGCCAUGUCUGAUGAGGUUUGCAUAGAUAUGGUUAAGAUCAUGGAACUUCACGUUCGAUUGAUUGUGAUUCUUAAGAAGAGCACUAAGCCUGCGCUUCUUUAUGCUGCCGCUGGUUUUAUGCGGCAUCUUACGUUUCCAGAGGCUAACAGGGCUUUGCUUGCAGAUGCCGGACUCAUGGAAGCGUGUUGUCGCAUGCUCGUACUAGACGACCCUUCAGUUCGAGGCGAGGCGGCAGCUAUGCUGUGCAAGCUCGUUACCGGCAACUUCUACAACAUCGAGAAAGUCAUGUACGAGACCGUCGGUCCUGACACAGAAGCCAUCGACCCAGACAUCUCAGCCGAUACCGUAAUCUUCUCACACAUUGUCGAGCAAGCCCUCGCUCCGUCCGCACCACUCCCAAGUACUACGAUGAAGAACCCAAUGAUCGAGCUUGGCCGUACCAUCGUCGCCAUGCUGCGAUAUCUUGGACGGCCAAACGCCGAAAAAGACGUUGAAGCAGUGCAAAUACAGAUCUUACAAGUACCCCAGAUAGCCAAACCAAUUGCCCAACUUGUACGGCAGCGCUUCUACCCCGAAGCCCGAUCCGAAGGACUACUCGGCCUAGGCCUGCUGGCCCAAACUCUCGAAGGCGCCGCAGCCAUCGCCGAAGAGAUAAAAGAGGACAGCGGCCUCCUCGAAACAAUCAAAGAGCACGCCAACGCAACGGAAGUUGGUCUCGCGCAGCAAUCCCCAUCAACAGCUAGCCGAGACCACCAAAACGCGAUUGUGCUGCUCCAGGCGCUGCAGAACAAUGCGGUAAGAGAACUCCAAGAAGCCGUCGGGGAAGUACUAAGGACUUCCAGACUGACCAAAUGGACGCAAUACUCUCGCAUUAGACAGUCUCUGUCUAAACACCAAGGGCGUCGCUCUUCUGGCGACGUCAGCACACUAGGUAGCCCUGGAGGCGCCUCGCCGGGGAGAGUUAGAGAGUUGGCUCGCAGAGCUACUACUGAUUCUCCUGGCAUGUCUCCGGGGAGGGCUAGGGGGUCUACGCUUGCGAGUGAGACCAACUCAGAUGAGCGGCCACGGACCCCUGUGAGGGUUCGGGAGGUUAUUGGCGAAAUUGAAGAGGUUUCUCCGAAGACGAUGGUUAAGGAGUCACCGGCGAGGGAACGGUUAAAGGGUAAAGGCAUGAAGCGGACGAACACGGCACCACAAUGAUUUUGAUGAUGGGUUAUGUCUUAUGUUUUUAGUAUCUACUCUACUUCUUCUUAAUAAUGCACUCUCCACUUAUGAAUACUAUAACACUGGCAUCGCUUUUGCUGAGAGCCGUACUCGAAUAUUGUAGUCGCCACUUCAACUAAACCAUGUGUGCUGGGUGGAAACCCUCACUUAACACCACAUCACGCCACGUCCAAACCACCAUAUCAAUCAGAUAAACCCUCAAACGAUCUCCAACAAAUG